CUCGCCUUUUGCUCACUCAUUCGCGAGCCCCGGGCUGGGUUCUGCAGGUGCCCGGGGGCAGGGGUCAGGGGGGCUUGAGCAGGACGAAGGUGUGUGGACAGGGUGGCCUCGCCCACAUGGGUGCGGAUCAGGGCGGCCUGCCUGGAGAAGGUGGCCUUGAAGCUAUUAGCUGGGCGUUGCUGGUGGAGGCAGAAGGCAGCCUGGCCCUGGGUCCUCCUGCUGUUGGUGACACCUGCUGUGGGCUCCCUGUCUGUCCCCUGGGCCACCCCCACCCGGAACCCUGCCCAGUGGGCGGGCCGGGCCUGGAACCCGCCGCCCUGAGUAACGGGGCAAACAGAACCCUGGGGACUCUGCGCCCGUUCCCCGGGUGGGCCGCCUGCUCCUGCCGCCUGCCGACCUCCAGCCGGGCGCUGCCGCCCGCCUCCCCAUGCAGCACCCCAAGCCCUUCUACGCACCCACGGCUCCCCAAGAAGGUUUCGGGCCCCGGGGCCUGGAGGGUGCCGAGGGGCCGGGCAGCCAGCCCGCGCCCGCCUGCGCCGAGCCGCCUCCCGCCGUGGGCUCCUCGACCCUGUACCACCCCCCAAACCCGGAGAAAGAGGUGUUUCCGGCCCCCCCUGCAGGGUUCCAGAUGGCCCCCUGCGGGUGCUUCUUUGAUCCUCGGAUCUACCGGAUCGAGUGGGCCACCACCGACUUCGGCCAGUCGUCCCUGUACAAGCUGGUGGCAGCGGGCGGUGUGGGGCCCGCGGGGGUCCCGGCUGGGGGCCCCGCCUCGCCGGGCAGCUACCUGCUGGAGCCCCAGCACUACCUCAAGGCCCCAGGGCCACCCCCGCCACCCCCGUACCCCCCCUACCAGCCGGCGCCCGGCGGGGCCCAGUACCUCCUGCCCUACUUCCCGCCCGAGGGGCCCGGCCCGGAGGCCCUGGGCUUCGUGGGGGACGGGGGCCCGCCCGCCUUUGUGGAGCUGCCCCCGCCGCCCCCCAAGGAGAGCAAGCCGGCCCCCGUGGUCAUCGCGCUGCCCGCCGAGCCCGCGCUGCCGCCCGGCGCCUACGGCCACCUCAGGGGCAGCCUGAGCCAGUUCCCCGCGCCCGAGGCCGCCUUCCCCGCCAAGGAGCUGCCCGCCCCGCCCGGCCCCGAGCCCCAGGCGGCCGAGGCCCAGGAGGCGGCCGCGCCGGGCGGGGGCGAGGCCAAGGCCCCCGAGGCGGCCAGAGCCUUCGCGCUGCCGGACAAGGUGCUGCUGGAAGACGCCAUGAAGCUCUUCGACUGCCUGCCGGGCGGCGCGGAGCCCGAGGGGGGGCCCCGCAAGGCGCCCGCGCCUGCCCUGCCGGACAGCGGGGGCGGGGGCGACGACUCGGCCAGCGACAUCCGCUCGCUGCACCUGCCGGACGAGCUGCUGUCCUUCGACUACAGCGUCCCCGAGAUCCUGGACACCGUGUCCAACGUGGACUGCUUCUUCAACUUCAGGGCGCUGGACGACGAGCCGCCGCCCCGCCCGGGGCCCCCCGCGGUGGACGCCUCCGCCCCCGCCCUGCCCGGCAAGAGGAAGGCCGGCUCCUCGGCCUCCAAGAAGGGCAGGCCGGGCGGGAAGGGCAAGCAGCCCGCGGGCCCCGCCAGCACCGCCCCCCCGGGGCCCAGGCAGGACCUGGGCGCUGCCCCCCAUUAAAGCGCGUUUGAUCUCA